AUGACCUUCCUUGGUAAAGUGAUACAUGUGUCUGUUGACCUUGUUCUCGUAUCGACGUGUUUGGCCGGAAUCAAACGAAAUACUGGAUUAGCCUUCAAAUUGGAAACGAUUGAGAACCAAACAGCAAGAGACUAUUCCCGCAGGUACCUAAAAAUGGGGGAGUCUGUCUACGAUUAUUCCGUGGCCUCAUGUGGAUCCUCCAGCUACUUUGAAAGAAAAUGA